AUGAAGCAACCAUGCAUUGAUAGUACCUUUUACAUCUUGCUUAUUGGGGUUGCUGCUACACAAAAUACUCUUGCCUGGACGACUUUACCCUCCACCAGCAAGAACCUUCCUCAUCGUUGCGCCCAAUCCCAACGAUGGAGCUACAACAAGAAUCCAGACGACAACAAUGAAAUGGACGAGGCAGAUUUAAAUAUCUUUUCCAUGGGUGAUUUAUUUCGAGAUGGUAGUUUUGAUCCUGAUGGUAGUUUCGAUGCGGAUGAUUUUCAAGACAUUGCGUCGUCGUUGUCGUCGUCGUCGUCGUCGUCGUCGUCCAAUAAUCUUGACGACAACAACAACAACAACGAAAUGGACGAGGCAAAUUUAAACCUCUUUUCCAUGGACGAUUUGUUUACAGAUUUCAAUGAUGAUGCUGCUGAUGCUACUACUGCUACUACUGCUACUAGUAGUACUACUACUAGUUUUGAUGAAGAAACAAUGUCGUCACUGUCAUCGUCAUUGUCGUCCAGUACGAAUACGAAUCCUUAUAUUAAUAAUGACAACAACAACAACAACAAGAAUGAUGACAUAGUGGACAUAGUGGACAAUCCAGGAUCCCUGCAGCGACUGGCCCGAGGAUCGGACAAUACCGUGUGGGCCAAUUCCAUCAACCUGAGGAAGGAGCGAUCUUCGUAUGGUCAACUUGACGCCGAAACUCUGGCCAAGAUGCAAGAAAUUGCCGAACAAGAAGAAGCCAUGAAAGAAAAGACGAAUAAUGAUGGCAACAACAACAACAGCAACAACAACAAUUACAACAACAAGAAUGAUUACGAAUCAUCAGCAUCAGCAUCAGCAUUGCAACAACAAGACGAAGUGCGGAAUGCUGAAUUGGAGGAAAUCAUGGGAGAAGAUUAUCAAGAUCUUUCCUUCUUUUUAAGUGAAGACGAUUACAUGAGAGCUUCCAGGUCCAUCAAAGCGGAUGGUUCCCUGCCCGAGUACAUUUUUGAAGAAUCUACUAUUGAUGAUAUUUUUGGUAAUACUAGUAAGGAGACGAAGAAGCAGCAGCAGCAGCAGCCUGCUGCUGCUAGACCCAAUAAUAUGGCAAACUCAAGAGCAAACGGAGCACUAUCGUCAAACGCAAAAUUUGAUAAUGAUGACGACGACGACGACGAUGACGACGAAACGAGCAUGCGCGAAUUGAUGAACAUGCUGAAACAAAAAGAAUCGAUACCCGAAACAGAUGACAAAUUGCAAGCCAAGGAGAUUCGAGAUCGAGUCUUUAGUCAAGAAGAAACCUUUGCCAGUCAGCACGUCGAUUCAGACGAAUACAAAUUGUACGAAGAAGCCAUUACCACUGGACUACUGAACAAGGACCAAGGUGGUGGUGGUGGUGGUGGUGGAGACGAGGUGGAUCAGGCAUUGGAAGGGCUCCAAGAAAUGAUCAAUCAAAAGUACAGCACUGGUCGCGACGCACAACCACAGCAACUAUCUGCAAAGAGUGAGGAUGAUUACAUUAGUAGUACUAGUACUACCAAAGAGUGA